GUAUGCACAGUGUCAAUUCAAAGAAACACCCAUUUGUAUUAACUUUACACUUUCUUCUGUUUGUGUUACAUUACACUACUCUGUACCUUUGCCUCCCUUUCUCUGACUAUUAACUAAGCAAUGUGAUCACAUCUGCUUACUUUAUUCUGUUAAACAGCUUAAGUCCUGAACAAUCUGAAAUCUCAAGUAUGACGGAACUCCUCUGGCCAAAUGUUUCUUGUCAAGGAGCUGAACACUUAAGGAAAUUUGUGGCAUAUGAAAUGGAUAACAUACUAGAACGCAGAGCGAAUGAAUACAAGCAAUAUCAACUCAGGAGGAAGACAAACGCAGAUAUUAUUAUUGCCCCAGCCAACUCUCCUCUCCAAUAUCCAAUCACAGGUUUCAGGGUAGCUCCUCUGAAGAAAAGUUUGAUACCAGGUCUUGCUCUUCAAACACAAGAGAGAGGUAUAACAACAAACAAGAGGGAGGUGUACAAGGUGUCUUUGAGUGUGAAGAGUGGAGUGCUCUCAGUGGAGGAUCUUCUGGAUGGAGAUCAGGUGGAGGGACAGGGUCAGAGUGACCUGACCAUCUCAUCCAGCAACCUCACACACCUCAACGAUCUGCUGUCCAGAGUGACCUACACCAGCACCAUCUACCACAUCAGAACAUCAGACCUGGUCUCUUUCAAUUUUGAGGAUCACAAGGCAAUAGUUCCAAUCAUGAUCAGAAGACCAUCAGUUCCUGUUUUGUAUGACCCAGGAAAAGAUAUCAACUCAAGGGUGACCAUAAUAACCAAGACCUUUCUGAGGUAUAAGGAGCUGAAUGUCCUUAUCCAGAGUAUCAGGAAAUUUUACCCGAAGAUCAAGAUCAUUGUUGCGGAUGACAGCCUGAAACCUGAAAAUGUGUCUGGAAACAACAUUGAGCACUACAUCAUGCCUCCUGCACAGGGCUGGUUUGCAGGCAGAAAUCUGGCUGUAUCUCAACUCACAACGAAAUACUUCCUGUGGGUUGAUGAUGACUUUGUGUUCUUGAGUGAGACACGGAUCGAGAGUUUUGUGGAGAUUAUGGAAGCACUUCCAGAUCUAGAUGUUCUUGGUGGUGAGGUUUCGGGGGACCAGUUCUACUUUGUUCUGGAGUAUGACGAGGGAGAUGAGAAUGACGGCGGCUGCCUAAGACGUACUAGAGAGUUUCAUCAACCACUUCCAGGUUAUGAUGGCUGCUUUCUAGUGGAUGGUGUUGUUAAUUAUUUCUUGGCUAGGACUGAUGCUGUACGAAGGGUUGGCUUUGAUCCGUUCCUCAAAAGAGUCGCUCACACCGAGUUCUUCAUUGAUGGAGUUGGCAAGCUGAUGGUUGCUUCAUGUAAAGGCCUUUCUGUUGGUCACCAGACACAUCGGGCACAGGACGAAUAUGACUCUUAUAGGAAUCAAGGAAAACUUGAGGAAGAGCGAAAACUGGCUCACCAUUUCUUUAAGAACUAUCUUAACUACAUCAAGUACUGAUUAGUAAUAAUUAGUGAUUAUUAGUGGUUGACCGAUAUAUUGCUUAGGCUGAUAUAUCGGCCGAUAUUUGGCAUUUUUCAAAUAUCAGCAUUGUCCGAUAAUUUUUUCUGCUUGGCCGAUGUGUUUGAGACUUUUAUUUUGAUGACACACCAGACUUUUAGUUAUGUUACUGACAAAGCAGCGCCUGAGAGCACACAAUGCUCACACUCUCCCUCUUGUUUACUGUCGUUGUUAAAGGGGUCAUAUGAUGCUUUU